CUGGUUGAUCGGGCACAAACAAUAACAUUACGCAGUGCGCACACCUACAACCACCCACACUAUGCCCACCAAAGCUGAGAAGCAAGAGAAAGAACUCUUUCUCUCGGGAUUGGUUACCAAAAUCUUCUGUGCGAUGCUAGACGACAUCGUGAUGGACUCCGCCAUACAAGCGCAUAAUGAAGUUUCUAGGAGUAGGGCAGUGUGCGUAGUAUGUGGGACACGGUGCAAUGCAGUGCAUGUUCCUGGGUCAUCCAAGCUGGCAACAUCCUCAAGGGCUGCUACUCCGAUGGCCGAAGGAAACUCCUUGAACGGAGCUACUACCAGUAUCCCAGGGUCCACACCUUCAAGUGUUAAAGAUGGAAACGUCUAUCUCGACUGCGUUAAUUGUUAUCAUCCGAUUGCUUCGAACAGAUACGCAGCCCAUUUAUCGUCGUGUUUGGGUUUGUCUUCCGCCAGAAGAACCGCCAACCGUGGAAGUAUCAAAUCAAAGCAGUCAGACGCUGGAAGAUCCAAUUCUCCUGCAUCAGAAAUCGGGAAUAUCUCGGAGGAUGAUGAAAGCAAACCUUCUGCUAAAGGAAAGAUGAAAUCAAAGGGGAAACGUGCAGAUGAGGCCGAGUUCAGUAUGAAGCGCAAGAGGCCUAUAUCUCCACAAGUGUCUCCAAACAAAAAACCCAAGCCCAAGGGACUGAGCCCAUUGAAAAAAGCAGGUUCAUCUGGUGUCGUUCUAUCGUCCCUCGGAUCUCAAUCUAAAGUACCUUCAAAGCUUCGAGAUUCAUCUACAGCGCCAUAUCCUGGUUCUACAUCAUCCUCAUCCCGCAGUUCUUCUCCGGAUGGCACAUCUUCCGCUCCCCUAGCGGCUAAAUUCAACAGUCCCAACUUCAAGACUAAAGGCAGUCAGAACGGAAGCAAAUCUCCAAUGACUGUCAAACGGCCUAGUCCGCCCCGACCACCACCACCUGUACCAGCAUAUAUGCAUGAGGACGCAGGAGAAGAGACAGGCUCUUCUACGGACACAGACAGUAACUGACUCCUUAUUCCAGAGCGUUCAAUCGUUAUCAGACAUUCAAAGUGUUUACCACAAGCUUUAACUUACGAUUUUAAUGACGUAAAAAGAGCGUCGGUCAAUAUUUAUUAUCCUGAAUAACGAUACACCCUGGCUGUUCGAUUUCUCAGUGUCAUCCGGACGGUCAUGAUUGGGCACCUGUGGCGCUAUUUGUGGACUGAGAGGGUCUCCAAGUCAGUCACUUCUGAAAUUGGUCAAUUUUUUGUCUGCAUAAUGAAGCAAGAGCUUCUGGUAUAUCGUACAACACUUCACCGUCGUCAUCGUAUCUGUUGUGAUAAGGAUCGGGGAUACGAGAAUCGCCCUGGGGUCCGUGGGGAAACAUUAGUAGUCAG